CUUCUUUUGUCUCUUUUCGAGUCUUUUAUCUGCUCUGAAAAUUCUAUACUUGCUUUAAAACUCUCUCUCUCUCUCUCUCUCCUCUUUUCUUUCUUUCUUUUUUUUUUCAUGGAAACCUACGUCGGCCACAUCAAAACACCGCAGGACGCCCUCAUCGUCUUUGAAGCAUGCCGUCGCGGCCAGCUCAGUCGGGUCCAACGCCGACUGUCAUCCAAGGAGCGCUCUAAGAUCGAGUCUGGCUCAGUCUUUGCAUGGGACGAGCGCGAGGCGGGCAUGCGUCGCUGGACGGACGGCCGCACAUGGUCGCCCAGCCGUGUCCUCGGCAGCUUCCUCACAUACCGCGAGCUCGACACCAAGCGACGCCCGCGACGCAAUAAGACGACGCCCAUCUACUCGUACAAACAGGACGGCUUGAUCAAGCAAUCGUUCUCCAUCUGCACUGCGUCAAAUCAAAAGCUGCAUUUGAUCUCCUACUAUACCAAGGCAGACGUGAUCGCCGGAAGACUCGCCUUGCCCUCCGCCGAUCCUUUCCUGAGCUCCAUCUCAGUGCCCAAGGGCCUCUAUCCGGAACUCAACCCUCUCGAGACCAGCGGCGGCCAUUCCGCCACCAUCCACAGCAUGCUCAGCAAAAAGAUAAGCCCUUCGCCGCCAUCGCUGUCCUCAUCGCCCAUUUCCUCUGACGAGGACAUUGCUGUCGAAUGUCCUCCAUCGCCCGUCAUUUACUAUACCCCACGCGCGCCUCUCGUGCAACACAGCCACCACAGCGAGCAGGAGCAGCUACAGCAGCAGGAACGACCGCCGGCGUCGUGUCGACCGCUCCAGUGCAACACGACAGCACUACCGUCACCCCCGUUGCUGCCACUGCUUCAUAUCAACUCGCCUACAUCAUCGUCCGAAGACGCGCGUCAGCUCAAGGCUCUAGAGUGUCAGUUGCGUCUCUGAAAUCUUUCUUUCUAUUUCUACAAUUAAUACAUACCCUUUCUCUUCUUUUUCUUCUUCUUCUUCUAAACGCAUCGCAAACAAAGCCCUUCCAAUCUUCUUCCUGUACAGAACCCUUAAAAAAGUACCUGCACAACAAACAGGUGCACACAUACACACACACACACACACACACUCUCUCUCUCUCUCUCUCUCUCUCUUUGCACACUACACACGCCAUAAUAUACAUAUGCCCUUGCCUUUCUUUUGAAAUUAAUUCUUCUU